GCCGCGUGUAGGCACGGUCGUCAGUGUGGUAUGUGGUAUGGAUAUGAGCUUGUCGACAUGCACGGUGGCGCCAAGGCACGGCGCCGCGGCCGCGUGCGCCGUGACUGCCCCUCGGCGCGCCGCGUCUACGCACGGCGUGAUUUUCACCAGUGCUGUAUGGCAGUCUAUCGGGGUGUGUCGACGGUGCCGGACGUACGCACGGAUUCGUGACCGCUUAUAUACGCUGUUUCGCGAUUUUAUUAUAAAAUGAACAUAAAUCAAGAAUUAUUAAUUACGUUGAUUCAAGAAAGGCCUGUAAUAUGGGAUAAGACCAUCGACGAUUAUAAAAAUAAGCGGCUUAAAUAUGAUUCCUGGAAAGAAAUAUUUAUUCAUUUCCAGCCCACAUUUGAAGAUUUAAGUGGUGAUGAGAAAAACAAGUUUGGGCAAAUGGUGAUGAAGAAGUGGACCAAUAUGAAAGAUAGCUGGAUAAAAUAUGACAAAAAAAUUAAAGAAUCCUCAGUAAUGAAAAUUUUGAUAGUGCAGUCCCGAAUCAAUCAAGCUCGGGAUACACUGAACGGAGUGAGACGCAAAGGGCUAAAAAAAAAGAAAAAAUGAACUAAGUGAAGUUGACAUUAGGUUUAUGAAGUUUAUGGAUUCAGCAGAACGAGAUGAGAAAAAGAAAAGCCGUAGUAUGAACUUUUUUAUGGGAAUCGCUGAUACAGUUGACAAGUUCAGUGAUGAAAAUAUGAUAGACUUUCAGUUUCAAGUAAUUUCAAUAAUUAAAAAUAUUCAACAAAGACAGUGUACUCAGUAUAUACCUACAUCAAGAAACCAAUGGGAUCAAGGCCAUCAAGGAUAUUUAAGUGGUACAGCAUCCUCAAAUGCGCAAUCGUCAACAUAUGGAUAUUCUACAGCUGCUAGAUCGGGCUAUGGAAUAAGUCGUCCACAGACGUCUUCUCAUGAUUUUGGACACGGUUCUGGUUUAGAGCCAAUCCACUACCGACCCGAAUCACAAUUAUCUGUACAUAGUGUAAAUGCGGAAAGUAUCUCGGCAGAUUCUCAAGUUUCUAUUGAAGACGAAUUCGAUUUUAGUACCGCACUUGAGUAGCAUUUUCAGCGUAGUGUAUUUUUUGAUUUACUUGUUCUUAAAUUAGUAAUUAUUAAAAUUCAAUUACAUGUAAUAAUUUUGUUUGUGUGCAAUAAACAAUUUUAAACUAAAAUAUGUCAUUUAAUUUUGUACCUACUUACCUCAGAGUUACAGCCAAUCUUUCUGCGGGCGAUAUACUCUCUCGCAUAAAAGUAU